AUUACAGGCGUGAGCCACUGCGUCUGGCCUAGGGCAAGGUUUAUUCUUGGGAGUAAUCGUUGCCAUGAGUCUAUGCAGAAGCAAAGCUCUGGUUGCUAAUACAGGCCACCUCAGGACUGUCACAGCUACUUCAUUGCUUUAUACAAUGUUUCUAUAGUUAAUAUUAAAAAAUGUAAGCCAGAUAAUCUCUCUCCCUCCAUGUUUAGGUGAAACUCAUCCAUUUGCUUCUAAAUUUGUUUUUUAAAAAAAUUUAUAAAUGUACAACUCCUUCUUUGCUUAGAAUCAAAGAUGUUGAAGAAGAGACAGUUUUUCGAGAAGUGGUCAGUUUUUCCUCGGACCCCCUGCCAGAUAUUAUGACAAGGACACCACUAAACCUAUCAGCUUUUACUUGUCUUCGCUGGAGGAGCUCUUGGCAUGGACGCCCCACAUGGAGGAUGGCUUUAACGUGGCCCUGGAGCCCCUGGCAUGUCGCCAGCCCCCUCUGAGCAGCCAGAGGCCCCGGACUUUGUUGUGUCAUGACAUGAUGGGCGGGUACCUGGAUGACAGGUUCAUUCAGGGCUCGGCAGCACAGACUCCCUAUGCCUUCUACCACUGGCAGCACAUCGACGUUUUUGUGUACUUCAGCCACCACGCAGUCACCAUCCCCCCAGUGGGCUGGACCAACGCUGCCCACAGGCAGGGCGUCUGUGUGCUGGGGACGUUCAUCACCGAGUGGAAUGAAGGGGCAAGGCUCUGUGAAGCCUUUCUGGCUGGGGACCAGCGCUCAUACCAGGCAGUGGCCAACCAGCUGGUCCAGAUCGCUCAGUUUUUUCGUUUCGAUGGCUGGCUGAUCAACAUCGAGAACCCUCUGAGUUUGGCGGCCGUGGGGAACAUGCCUCCUUUCCUGCGCUACCUGACCACGCAGCUGCACCGGCAGGUCCCGGGGGGCCUGGUGCUGUGGUACGACAGUGUGGUGCAGAGCGGGCAGCUCAAAUGGCAGAAUGAACUCAACCAGCACAACAGGGUCUUCUUUGAUUCCUGUGACGGCUUCUUCACCAACUAUAACUGGCAGGAGGAGCACCUGGAGCGGAUGCUGGGGCAGGCGGGGGAGCGCCGGGCCGACGUGUACGUGGGCGUGGAUGUGUUUGCUCGGGGGAACGUGGUCGGAGGCCGAUUUGAUACAGACAAGUCGCUGGAGCUGAUCCGGAAGCAUGGCUUCUCUGUGGCCCUGUUCGCUCCUGGCUGGGUGUACGAGUGUCUGGAGAAGGAGCAUUUCUUCCAGAACCAGGACAAGUUCUGGGGCCGGCUGGAGCGUUAUCUGCCCACACAUAGCAUCUGCUCCUUGCCUUUCGUCACAUCCUUCUGCCUGGGCAUGGGUGCACGGAGGGUCUGCUACGGCCAGGAGGAGACGGUGGGGCCCUGGUACCACCUGAGCGCCCAGGAGAUGCAGCCUUUGUUUGGAGAGCACAGGCUGGGAGGGGAUGGCCAGGGCUGGGUGAGGACGCACUGCUGCCUGGAAGACGCCUGGCAUGGGGGCAGCUCCCUGCUCAUCCAGGGUGUGAUCCCGUCGGAGGCUGGAAAUGUGGCUGUGAGGUUAUUUUCCCUGCAGGUCCCCGUGCCCCCCAAAAUUUUUCUGUCCAUGGUAUACAAGCUUGAAGGGCCUACGGACGUCACGGUGGCUUUGGAGCUGACCACGGGGGAUGCUGGCAGCUGUCACAUCAGUGGCAUCUCAGUGUUGAAUGCAGAAACAAGCUCAAGACACAGCCUCCGACCCCUCCGGGUACCUCCCACCAAGCUGGCCAGAUGGGUGGGCCGCUGCGGCCGGCAGCUGAGCGGGGGCUGGGUCCAGCACUGCUACGAGGUGAGCCUGCGUGGGUGCCUCUUGCUGGACCUCUUCGUUUGCUUCACACGGCCGCCGGGUAGCCGGGAGGAGGAGAGCUUCACCUGUCGCCUUGGAGAGAUCCAGGUGGUGGACGCUGCCAGCCUGCUGGCCCCACUGCCCCAGGUGCAGGCCGUCACCGUCUCUCACGUCCGCUGGCGGCAGGGACCCCCCGGUCUGCUCCAGCUCAGCUGCACCCUGCACUGGGCCUUCCUCCUGCCGCAAGUCCGCUGCUUCCGGAUCCACUGCUGCGGAGGGACGGGCGAUGGCUCCCCGGGUGGGGAGCCGCCGAGGCCAGAGGGACCCACGUUCCUGGGGUUGGCUUUUGCCACCCAGUACCGGAUAGCGGACCUGCUGGUGGAUGCCGCCGGGCCCGGCCAGGAUCGUCGCAUUACGUUUCUGGUGGAGCCUGUCCCCAAGGAAGGGUUCCGGGUGCCUCAGGCCGAGUGGGGCCGGGCGGCUCUGCUCUAUUCGGCCCCCGCGUGAGCGGAAGUAAGGCCUGGUGGUCUGGCCUCGGGCUGAGGCCUCUUCCCGGCCAUCUGGUCCCGGCCUGCGCUGGGCCUGCGAAGUGCCAUGCCGGCAGUGGCGGUGAGACCCAGGUCCCGGGGCUGGGGCGGAAGACCCCCGGGCUGAGUGCUGUGGCUUUUUGUCAGGGACGGGGGGGGGUGGGGGGCGUUGGUGACAGGACACCAAGCGGUGGGAUUGCAGCGUUGGUCACUGAGGUGAGUGGCGGGCCCUCUGUUUCUGCUUAGCCCCGCCCCACAGUACAUGGUUCCCACGUGAACAGGAAAACGGGGAGGAUGUUUAGGACAGAAAAUUCCCUAAAGGGUAUUUCCUAAUAGGCUGCAAGAUGCUGAUGCCGAGAAUGAUUUUUUUUUUUUUCCCGCAGAUGAAACUAUGAGAAAGGUGCUUAGAUCGUGGCAGGCAGGCUUUGGGGCAGGCCCCAAGACGUUCCUGAAGAUGGGGACGAGCUACGGGGGGCUCCCAGGGUGGGGCUGCCUGUAGGUGUCAGGAGAGGACGCCCUGGAGACCCCGCCUCCUGGUGGGAAAGGCCCCUUUCCCCUGAGGAGUGGGCAUUGCGGGCCAGCCCCGUGGCUGUGUGUGCCCUGGCGCUGGCAAUUCACUGUGCUGCUGAGGGUGAGGUCAUUUCUGCAGCGUUCUCACCAGCCCCUGGCCCUGCUGUGUCCCUUCCCAGCUGUGGGGGUGCAGGGAAGUGGCCCCGAGGCAGUCUGCACUGCGGCCCUGCCUCUGCUGAGCGAGAGGCCGUGGGCUCUGGACAAGCUGCCUUUAGGCUCAGGUCGCAGGUCAGGCCAGGCCGGCAGCAGCAUCCGCUCCCCACGCCAGCCCAGCAUCCUCCCGCAUGCAGGAGCUGCAGGAGCCGUGGGGUCUUUUGCAACUAUUCUGUUCUUUCACCACCUCCCUCAAACACCAGGGAGACCUCCAGGCUUACCCUUGAGCAGGAGGCAGCACGCACCGCAGGCCGGGUCGUCACCGCAGGCCGGGUCGUCACCGCAGGCCGGGUCGUCACCGCAGGCCGGGUCGUCACCGCAGGCCUUCUUCUGUCCUUCUGGCUCUUCUCUAGCUGGCUCCUCCCCUCUGGCCAGGAGGCUUCCUGGUGUCUCUCUAGGCCCCAUGGCCUUGGGUCAUCCGGUGGCUGGUCUGGGUGGGGUCUGUUGUGGUCCUUCCAUGGAGUCAGUGGCCUGAAGUCCCUCGCUUUUGGCGGGGGGGUCUCACCCCCAGGCCACAUAGGGCUGGCGGUGGGGGUCCACUUGAUGUUGGGCAGUGCUGAGAGCUGGAAUACCGUGACCCCAGCCAGAGCCCACACCUAAGGGCUGGCAUCCCCGUCAUUUCGCCCUGCAGUGAGGGCAGAGGCCACCAGGUGGCAGCCCAGUCACACCCGCUCCCGCGUGUGGAGGAGGAGGGCAAGGCUGGUGCCCAGCAGCCGCUCUGAGCUGAGGCUCCUUCCAGGGGCUGAAAUCUGCCUCUUUCUCCAUCUUCCCUGCCUGCCUGGGUACUCGUGCCAAGCAGAAGGCCCUGGGAUUAAAGGUCUGGGCUUCUAAUUUGGAACAUUCUUCCAUGUCUCACAUGUGGUUCCAGGAGAAGCGUUUGCCAAGGAUGUGGGGCAGGAGGGUCCCUCUGCUGACCCCCUGUGGCCUGGAACCGCCGGGCGCUGUCCUGGGUGGAGGGCAGGUGAACAUGAGCUGACUCCACUCCUUUUUCAGCUGUGACGGUUCCUGCGAACCCUUUGAACCUCUCUCCCCUAUUUGGAACCAGGGGGAUCUGGGGAGGGGCUCCUGGCCUCUCCAUGUCCUCUGCGGCGGUGGGGGUGCAGCAUGCCUGCUGCCCUUCCUUCAUGAAGUCUUUUAAGUGCUGGUUUCUCUGAAUAUUUUAUGCAGAGGAGGGAAAAUUUAUAAUGGCAAUUAUUUUCUCACAGUCUGGUAAGCAAGCAAUUAGGAGUAAGGGGGCUUAGCAGAGCGUGGCGUGUGGCAGAAACACGCCGCCCUGGCUCCCCAGCCCCACCCCGCCUGCCGUGCAGGGCUGGUGUGCAGGAAAAUUAACAUGCGGCGUGUAAGCCUGCGUCCCUCUGCCGGCUGUAAAUGCCCUGAAAUAAACGAUCUGACACUGUGAAAAA